AUGAGCCUGCAGCAGAUGUGCAGCCCGGUGGGCAGGAGGUCUAGGCGCUCCUCCGAGACGCUCCAGGACGCGGCGGGACUCGAGAAGACAGAUCUCCAGAAAGGAGGGUGGUUCGCUCUCCGCGGUGCUGAACACAACAAAGGCUCCUGCGCUGAUCAACUAGUGAACACAAAGCCUCCCACCACCUCCUCCUCGCCGGCUUCUGAUCUUCAUGGUCGGAGCCUCCUGCAAGGCUGCUCCACGGUGCGUUGGGUGGUGUUGUGGAUGGAUUGGAGGAUGAUGCUGGACUCCCUGCGCCGGCGGAAGAGAAUGCUCCUCUGCUCCUUCUGGUUCCUGCUGCUGUUCGCCGCCGGAGGCCUGGUGCUCUUCAGCCACCUGCAGGACCUGUCUGAGAUGGUCCCGCAAGAGGCCCCAGGUGUGAAGCUGGGAGCGACUCAGCGCCAAUCCAGAGAGACUCUCUGCACCCAGGAUGGAGAGAGCACCAAGCCUGGGGGCACGGAGCAGCACCGCCCCCCCUCCGCCGUGGACCUGCUCUCCAGCCCCAUCCCCCCCAUGCAGUUCCCCGACUUUGAGAGGAGCCGACACUCGGCCGUCCCCAGCUUCCAGGAGCAGGACGCCAGCGCCGUGCACGUCAACCGGAGGCACCGCAAGCUGCUGAAGACCAGCCCCGCAAUGCAGCACUCCAACAACCUGUCCACCUCCUCCUCCACUUCCUCCUCCUCUUCCUCCUCCUCCUCCUCCUCCUCCCUCUCCUCCUCUCUGAGCCCGGAGCUCCUCGUCCGCUCCUCCCGCAUCCAGCACGCCCGUCAGAAGCUGAUGAAGGAGAUCUGCGCCAAGUACAAGAGCAGCAUCUCUCGGACGGUCACGCCCAACGACGUGUCGCACAUCUACGUGGAGAACAAGUACAAGCUGCUGUACUGCGAGGUGCCCAAGGCGGGCUGCUCCAACUGGAAGAGGAUCCUGAUCGUGCUGGCGGGCAAGGCGGCGGACACGCAGAGCCUGAAGCACGACGCCGUUCACUACGGCAACCACCUGAACACGCUGGUCAGCUACAGCCGGCCGGACAUCCUGCAGCGGCUCAAGAGCUACACCAAGGUGGCCUUCGUCCGCGAGCCGCUGGAGAGGCUGGUGUCCGCCUACCGGGACAAGCUGGAGAGCCCCAACACCUACUACCACUCGCUGUUCGGGAAGCCCAUCAUCGCCAAGUACCGCGCCAACGCCUCCAAGGAGGCCCUGAGCACGGGCGACGGCGUCACCUUCCCCGAGUUCGUCCAGUACCUGCUGGAUGUCCACCGGCCGGUCGGCAUGGACAUCCACUGGGAGCCGGCCAACCAGCUCUGCAACCCCUGCCUGCUGGACUACGACUUCAUUGGGAAGUUUGAGAACAUGGAGGAGGAGUCCAACUUCCUGCUGCGGCAGACGGGGGCCCCCAGCAACCUGACCAUGCCCACGCUGAAGGACAGGAACCCGGGGGCCCAGAGGACCACCAGGGAACUCACGCUCAAGUACUUCUCCCAGGUGAGCGCGUGGGAGAGGCAGCGACUCUAUGAUUUCUACUACAUGGACUACUUGAUGUUCAACUACUCCAAGCCCUUCAGCGAUUUGUACUGA